AUGGGGGACUCGCAAGCACCGAUCAAACUGAAUCUCAAGAACCCGGAGCUCUUCCGAGACCAGGCAUACGUCGACGGACAAUGGAUCGAGGCCAAGUCGGGCAAGCGAUUCGACAUCAUUGAUCCGGGAUCGGACCGCAAGUUCGCGACGUGCCCGGACAUGGCGGCGGAGGACGUGGACGGGGCGGUGCGGGCGGCGCAGGCGGCGUUCGCGGGGUUCCGGAGGCUGACGCCGCGGGCGCGCGCGGACCUGCUGUCGCGCUUCGACGCGCUUAUCCGCGCGCACCGCGACGACCUCGCCACGCUCCUCGUCUACGAGACCGGCAAGCCCCUCGCCGAGGCCCAGGGCGAGAUCGAGUACGCCGCCUCCUUCACCCGCUGGUUCGCCGGCGAAGCCGAGCGCGUCCAGGGCACCACCUUCCCCGCCGCCCUCCCCGGCCGCCGCAUCUUCACCAUCAAGCAGCCCCUCGGCGUCGUCGCCGCCCUCGUCCCCUGGAACUUCCCCAUCGCCAUGGUCCUGCGGAAGGCGAGCGCGGCUCUGGCCGCCGGCUGCACGAUGGUGGCGAAGCCGUCGCCCGAGACGCCGCUGACGGCGCUAACGCUGGCGUACCUCGCCGAGCAGGCCGGGUACGCGAAGGGCGUGUUCAACGUGCUGCCCACGACGUUGGCCAACACGCCCGCGCUCAGCGAGGCCCUCUGCAAGCACCCGCUCGUCAAGAAGGUGUCCUUCACCGGCUCCACGCGCGUGGGCAAGAUCCUCUCGGCGCACUGCGCCGACAGCCUCAAGAAGCUCACGCUCGAGCUCGGCGGCAACUGCCCGUUCAUCGUGUUCGACGAUGCGAACUUGGAGCAGGCCCGCGACGCCCUCGUCCCGCUCAAGUUCCGGCACGCGGGGCAGGCCUGCAUCACGGCGAACCGGGUGUACGUGCAGCGCGGGGUGUACGCGCGGUUCGCGGAGCUGCUGGCGGCCGAGGCGCGGCGGAUCCGCGUCGGCCACGGCCUCGCCGCCGGCACCACCAUGGGCGCGCUCACCGUCCCCGCCGGCCUCGACAAGGUCGCCGCCCAGGUCGCCGACGCCACCGCCCGCGGCGCCCGCCUCCUCGCCGGCGGCUCCCGCGUCCCCGACGCCACCGGCUACUUCUUCGAGCCCACCGUCCUCGCCGACGCCACCCCCGACAUGAGGAUCGCCUCCGAGGAGACCUUCGGCCCCCUCCUCGCCCUCUUCCCCUUCGACACCGAGGAAGAGGCCGUCGCCGCGGCCAACGACACCAGCAUGGGCCUCGCGUCGUACUGCUUCACCAAGAACGUCGACCGGCUGUGGCGGCUGUUCGAGAACCUCGAAGCGGGCAUGAUCGGCCUGAACAGCGGCAACUCGUCGGCCGCCGAGGCCCCGUUCGGCGGCAUCAAGGAGUCCGGUUUCGGCAAGGAGUCGGGCAAGGACGUGGCCAUCAACGAGUACCUCAUCACCAAGACGGGCACCCUGACCGUCGAGGGCCAGUACUAA